AUGGAUAAUGAAGCUGAAAUUUUCGCAAAUACUUUAAAAAAAUUAAACGUACAAAAACCAGUUGCCUUAUACAGUGAAAACGAAAAAGUUUGUCUUAAAAAUUUACAGGAAUACAGUGUUCAAAGUGCCUUAGUGAAUAUUUCGAAGCAAAUUAAAGCUUUUCAGAGUGCAGAUAAUGUUGUUAAAGGAAAUAGCAGUCGAAGGAGUUUGAAUACGCUUAAAACAAAUGAUUUUCUUCCUUUAACUGCGAUGUCAAGAAAUACACAAUCAGAUCAAAUACCAUCAAAUAAGUUUGAAACGCAAUGUGUCCUAGAUACACAGCUGAUCAAUAUUAUAGAAAAUGCAGAAGCUUUAAUUGACAAACCUAAUAAUAUGACCCAAGAAUUUGAUAAUACUUUUAAUAAUUUAGAUAUUUGUAACAUACAGAAUGUUGAAUUAGAUAAUGUAAGACAUAGUAUAGACUCCAAAGAUAUAAAUAUACCAGAAAUUGCAAAUAUAGCUACUAUUACAUGUGAUAAAAAUGUCGAUACUAUAUAUAUUAAUGAACCAUUUUUAAGAAUAAUGAAUUUAAAAGAUUUAGAAGCAGAAAGAAUUACAGACAAAGAAAUGUGUGAUUUAGAUUAUAAUAAUGAUAUAGAUGUAGGUCCUAAAAGUCCUAUUCUUAAUACAUCGCCAAAGACUCCUUUAGUUUUUAAAUUAGAAACAUUUGAAAAUUUCGAAAAAAUUGCCUUAUCUGUUAUAAAAGAUAAUCCAGACUUUGAAGCAGCAAAGAGAUUAAUAAAUUCACAAGUAGUCAAUAAUGACUUGUUCAUACAAUCUCAUGCUGAACUAGUUUUAUGUGACAGAGAUAAAUCGAUGAGUCCUGUUUUAAGUGUACCAAAAGUUAAUAGGAAAGGCGGAGAACAGAGAGAAAAUAAAGAAAAAGAUUUGAUUGUUGAUGAUGAAAUAUUAUUCAGUGACGAUGAGGUUGAAUUUAAUAAUGAUUUCAAAGAUCUACCGCCAACAUGUGCUUUAGAAAAAUCAUUUUAUAAUCAAAAUGAUGUCUUAGAUAAGACGAUGUAUGUAGGCUUUCAAACAGCUAGUAAUAAGUCCAUACAAGUACACACAGACACAUACAGCAAAGCUAAAAGCAUAUUAGAUAACAUUAAAACUCCUGUUGGGUACAUUUCUCUUACAGAACUUGUGGAGGUUAUCGAUAAACACUCGAAAUCAAAUAAUACAUUUGAGCGUAAACAAAAUAAUAAAAAAGAAUUUGAAUGUGGAGAUAAUUGCCAAGAUGUCGAUUUUGGAAUUGAAUUUGAUGAAGAUAUGAAUACACCUGAAGUUAUUACAAAAAGCAAAAGAAAUUUUAUAGAUAUGCUACAUCGUGAUGAUGAAAACAAUUCAACUGAUAAUAUCGAAAACCUUAACGCUGAUAUGUGCAACAAUAAAAAAUUAAAACUUGCACAAAAUCCAGUCAUAAAUGCAGAACCUAAUACACAAGUAAAUCUUAGUAAAAAUUUAAAUAAAUUUGCAUUUAAUAGAAAUCGGAUUUCUCCUACUUGUCAUGAUUUAUUUGAAAUCACACCUCUCAACGACCAUUUCAAUAUUGAUGAACAUAUAAUGAAAGAAUUUGAAAGUAAUUUUAUUUCUGAAGACAUUUGUAGUGGUAACAGUUUAAACACUAAUAUUAAGAAGUCAUUCGAUAGUAAAACUUGUGAGAAUAAUGAUAUAAAUAAAGGUAUAAGUGAAAUGCCUUUCAUGGGCUUUAAAACUGCUAAUAAUCAAGAAAUAAAUAUAUCAGAACAUGCAUUAGCUAAAACAAAAAGAAUUUUUGAAGAUAUAAAGUUAGAUAUCUUAGAAGGAACAGAAAAUAAUUUUAAAGAUAAUGAAAAGAACGAUGAUGCCUAUACUAUACCUUCAACAAGUAACAGUUUUAUCGGUUUUCGAACUGCUAACAAUAAAGAAAUAAAGAUAUCUGAUAUAGCUCUUGCUAAAACUAAGAAUAUUUUUGAUAAUAUUGAUAAUGAUGUUAUAAUUGAUAAAGCAGCUACUGAUUAUUCUGUAAAUACUAAGGAAAAUAAGACAAAAAAAGCUAAUACUAAAAUAAAUGUUAAAAAAAUGAACAACAAAGGUGAUUUUGUUAAUCCUUUUCCUUCGAUUAAGAAUUCUAAUGAUAUUAUUUUGAAUCGUGAUAAUAAGAAAACAAUUCCAACAUUGAUUGGAUUUAAAACAGCCAGUAAUAAAAAGGUAGAAAUAUCGAAAGAGGCUCUAGCUAAAACAAAAAAUAUAUUUAAAGAAAUAAUGAGUGAAGAAAUUCACAGGGAUCCUUACAAAGAAGAAACCGAUUUAGUUAAAGAUCCAAUUUUAAUGAAAGAAUUUGAAACCUCUGAUGCUGAAUCAAAAAUUUUAGUGAUGCCUGAAGACAAUUUUAGUGAUAAUCGUAAAGAUAGUAUUAAAGAAAUAGUAUUUGAAGACAAGAGCACUUUUAAAAAUAUAGGAUUUAAAACAGCCAGUAAUAAACCAGUUAAAAUAUCGAAUGAAGCAUUAGAAAGAAGUAAAAAUAUAUUUCAAGACCUGACUCUUGAUAAUGACAUAAAAAUCGGAAUUGAUAGCAAUGAUCAUCAUAAAAAUGUGAUACCAGACAUCAUGCAAGGAUUUAAGACUGCAAGUAAUAAGCCUGUUCCAAUUUCUGAAGAAGCGUUGGCUAAAACAAAGCACCUAUUUCAAGAUAUUGACAAUUUAUAUAGUAAAGAUGGUGAAGCCUAUGACAAAGGUGUAAAUAACGUAACUGUUGAAGCUAAUCAUGCCUUUCAAGGCUUUAAAACAGCAAGCAAUAAACAAGUUACAGUUACAAAAGAGGCUAUAGCUAAGAGUAAAGAAAUGUUCAAAGAAUUUGAAGUUUGUGAAGGAAUAAAAACUGAUGUUUUUGAAGAUACCGGUAAAUUAGCAUUCGAAGAAUUUCAAAGAGCAACAGCGAAAAAAAAAUCUCAAGAUUUGAAUAUAGACAUAAGUGAUAUUCAAGAAGAGAAACAAAAUAAAUUCUUUGAAUUUCAAACUGCUAGUAAUAAAUCUGUCAAGAUUUCUGAAGAUGCACUCGCUCAACCGAGAAAACUUUUUCUAGAUUUGGAUAUAGAAAUAAGUGGUAGUAAAGGUAAUAAUCAAGAAAAACAAAGUAAAUUCUUUGGAUUUCAAACCGCUAGUAAUAAACCAGUUAAGAUUUCUGAUGAUGCUCUUGCAAAGUCAAAAAAAGUUUUUCAAGAUUUGGAUAUAGUUCUUAAUAAAGUGGAAGAAAAGAAAUUCUCUGGUUUUCAAACAGCUAGUAAUAAAACCGUCGGUGUAUCAAAAGAAGCAUUAUUGAAAAGUAAACAAAUAUUUGAAGAUAUUGACUUAAAUUCAAAUUUUGGUGAUAAUGAAAAUAAUAUAGAUAGAAACAAAGACAAAAUUGCAUUUGGUUUCAAAACAGCAAAUAACAAUUACGUUAGUGUAUCAGAAUCUUCAUUAAAAAACGUAAAGAAAAUCUUUGAUGAUGUGACUAAUACUGAAGUUGAAACUGAAGUCAAAAAUGUCGAUAAUGAUUGUCAAUUAAAUAUAGAAGAAUUAAUGAAUACAGAAGUGAUAAAGAAUUUAGAAGAGUCAUUACACACAGAAGAUUUUGCAAAAGAUACUUCACCGAUAAGCAAAAGAUCUGGUAGUCCGAUUUUAUCUUGUCCUAAAGCAAAGAAGAGAAAAGUGUUUAAAACGCCCCAAGUGAUAAAUAAAAGCCUGAUCAUUAAUGACGUAAAACCGGCGCUAUCAACCAAUGUUUUUGUAUUUACUGAAAAGUACAAAACAAAUAAAAUAUAUACCCUUAAACAAUUAAAAGAAAUCGAAUCAAACAAUUCCAAUAAAAACGUCGAUCCAUACAUUUUAAAUUUCAAAUUUGAUAAUUUACUUGACAUCGAAUUUGACGGGAAACGAAAUGACGUUGACAGUGACAUUUGGUCCACAGAUAGAAUAGUAAAACGUUUCAAAGAAUCCGUAAAUACGAAGAUCGUCCCUGAAGGCUGGAUAGCGAAUCAUUUGAAAUUGAUUAUAUGGAAAUUAUUGUCAUAUGAAGUUUAUUUUCCAACUUGUAUGGAAAAUGUUUGUACAGUUAGAAAUGUUUUGAAUCAAUUGAAGUAUAGGUAUGAUAGGGAGUUGUAUAAUGUUGAAAGACCUGCUUUGAGAAAAGUUUUGGAAAAGGAUGAAGUAGCUUCUAAAUUUAUGGUCCUGUGUGUUGCUGGGUUAUAUGUUGAUGGUGUGUAUGUGAGUAGUGUUACCAACUCAAAUCAAAACAUAGAAUUGUCUUUGACUGAUGGUUGGUACUGCAUAAAGGCGUGUACAGACAGAAUGAUAGACAGUUUAAUAUGUAAUGGAAAAAUAAGUGUGGGAACAAAGUUAGCCAUACAUGGAGCUGAGCUGAUGAACUGUGAGCAGGGAAUUGCACCUUGGGAGGACAUAUCCUCAAUCCGUCUGAAAAUAUCCGGUAAUUCGACACGCCGUGUCAAAUGGGAUACAAGACUCGGUUUCCAUGGCAGCGGCGCCAUCUUAUCUCACCUGUCAUCCGUCAGACCAGAAGGCGGGAAAAUUUCGCGCCUUCGUAUAUUCGUGACUAGAGUUUAUCCCAUGCUUUACGUUGAGAAAUUUGAAGAUGGCAGUACUUUAACUCGCUCAGAACGCUUGGAACAAAUACAGCAGAUGAAACACGAAGCGGACAGACAGAAUAAAAUCGAAAAGUUGUAUGACGAACUUGAGAAAAUGAAGGAUCAGGAAUCCCAAGAUUCAGAAGGGCUGGGAUCAGACAAGGGCUUCGAUACUGGAUCUCAAAUAUACAGACAUUUUAAGAAAUGUAAGGAUACGUCUGAAUUUAGGGUAAACCUCACAGAAUCCCAAACAGAUUUGUUACAAGAGUAUGCAGUAAAAAAACAUGAUAAAUUAAUAGGCAACCUCCAGAAGAAAGUUCAGGAUUUGAUCAAGAAGCGUGGUUUGGACGUAACCAGAAAUGUGGUACCAUUACUAAAGAUCAGGGUAGCCGAUGUGCAUAACGAUUGUGUAUCUAGAGCUAUGAUAACAAUAUGGAGGCCAAAUGAGUGUUUGCUGGAUCUGAUAACAGAGGGCGCUUGGUUAGAUGUGUACAAUGUUGUUCCCACGGCCGUAAGAUACUCAGAGAUACAAAUAUCAGCUGGACGCCAAUCAAUCUUGCAACCAUCCAAACUAAACAAAAGCAACAAAUUCAAAAAACACACAAACACACUUAAAAGAAAAUGCUACACAAUAAAAGACCUACAAAGCACAAGCACAGAGAACGAAAUAGACACAAUCGGCAUAGUUUUCUUAAUCGAACCAUUAACAAACCAAUCACAAUAUAUAUAUUUGGCUGAUGAAAAUAAAUAUAUAAUUUCUAUAAAUUUCUGGGGAGGCAUCAAAAAAUUUGGUUUCGAGAAUAUUCUAGAUACAGGACAAGUUGUCGCUUGUCUAAAUUUACAGAAACGAACUGGUAACAGCAGGAAACAAAUACAACAAUACCGUGUAACAGAAUUCACACAUUUUACUAGAACAUGUAAAAUUGAUUACAUCAGAAAAAUGACAGAAGAACUCUCAAAUAAAUUCUCAUCUUUAAACAAGAAAGAUUUUAUAAACGACUGUGUUGCUAUCAAGAAUAAUUACAACAAUUUUAAACAUGGUAAUACCGAAAAUGUCACUCCAUACAGAUUAAAUAAUAGCGAUUAUAAUAUAUCGAAAAAUAAAAUGUUUAUUGAAUCGCCAUUAGCUGGGAAGUUAGAUACUAACAUAAACCUUAGUGGUUUAGACUUUGAGUCGACAUUUAAACAAACGGACACGCAAGAUAUAUCCCCCGAACGCUUAUUACGAAAAAGGAAAGUGAAUGAAAGGAUCGCAAAACUGAAAAUGUAUGGAGAACCUCCCCCAUUAGCAAUAAUACAUAUUAAAAACAAAUCGAACGCAAUAAAACCUUACAAAAGUCCGUUAAUACCCAAAAGUGAUAUUUCAAAUGUUACCAGUGCUAAAAAUAUUCCCACAAACAGUGCUAAUUCUAGUCCAGUGAAUAGAACUUAUGUUAAAAGUAUUAAUCCGGUUAAGUUAAAUUUUGUAGAUGAUGAUGGUAACACUACAGAUCCUUUCGCUGAAGAGUUUGAUUGCAGUCCGCCUUUAAGCUUAGAGUGAAAUAUUUAAUACGAAAGAAUCUCUCUGCAAAUCUAAAAUAUCGUGAGAAAAAAUUGGCUUUAAACUUAUUAUGGGU